AUGUUGUACAAUCAUUCCACUCUGGAACAAGAACAAGAAGAGCCCCAAAUCCACAUCCAUGAAAUCCAAAGUGUCGAGGAACGUUUUAGCACUGAUGGCUCAGCUCACAGCUCUGUGCCGUACAGCGUGCUCGUAGAGCUAAUACCUCAGCAGGUUGGGCUGGCCUGCGGUGCACUGUUCUCCUACAGAGCCAUGUUGCUGUGGUCAGUAUGGAGUGUAAUUUUACUACUGACGACAGUGGACGCUGCAGAGGAGGAAGAUGUGAGAGCAGGCUGCAGCACGGCUGUCAAUGACCUGGUAUACAUCAUUGAUGGCUCAUGGAGCGUUGGCGUCUCGGACUUUGACACUGCCAAGCAGUGGCUCAUCAACAUCACCAGCCAGUUUGAUAUCAGUUCCCACUACACACAGGUGGCUGUGAUACAAUACAGUGACACACCUCGGCUGGAGAUUCCUCUUGGGAAACACCAGGGAGUAGCAGAGCUCAUCAAGGCCAUACGGAGCAUCAGCUACCUGGGAGGAAACACACAGACUGGCAGGGCCAUCAAGUUUGCAGUGGACCACGUGUUUGCCUCCUCCCAGCGGGGCAAUCUGGUCAAGAACCGCAUCGCUGUGGUGGUUACAGAUGGCAAAUCACAGGAUGAUGUGGUUGACGCCAGCAUGGAGGCUCGAGCACAGAGUAUUACUGUAUUUGCUGUGGGAGUUGGCACUGAGAUCACCACUUCAGAGCUGAUCUCCAUUGCCAAUAAACCUUCAUCUACCUAUGUCCUGUAUGCUGAAGAUUACACCACCAUCGAUCGUAUUCGAGACUCCAUGGAGCAGAAGCUUUGUGAAGAGUCUGUUUGUCCCACACGAAUCCCAGUGGCAUCCCGUGAUGAGAAAGGCUUCGAGCUGAUGGUGGGCAUGAACAUUCAGACCAAGGCAAAGAAGAUCCCUGGCUCUUUAGUUUCUGAGACUGCCUAUGCACUUGCUGCCUCCACAGACAUUACUGAGAACACCAGGGAGAUUUUCCCAGAAGGCCUUCCUCCAUCAUACGUGUUUGUGUCCACUCUACGUCUGAAAGGGAUCUCUAGCAAGCUGUCCUUCGACCUUUGGAGGGUGCUGUCAAAGGAUAAGGCGAUUCAAGCUGCAGUAACACUGAGCGGAAAAGACAAAACUGUUACCUUCACCACCACCAGUACGACAGAGAAAGAGCAGAAAGCUGUCUUUAAAACAGGCUUUCAGACUCUUUAUGAUGGAAAAUGGCAUCAGAUUAAAGUACUAGUGAGGCAUCGCCAGGUCACCGGUUUCCUUGACGACCAGCGCAUCCAGGAACUAAUGCUGAAACCGGUGGAGCCAAUUUACAUCAAUGGGGAAACGCAGGUGUCUAAGAGGCGAGGAACAGACAUCACUGUACCUGUGGAGAUUCAGAAGCUGCGUCUCUACUGUGAUCCCCAUCAGAGCGAGAGAGAAACAGCUUGUGAAAUCUACUCCGUCGAUGAUGAAAGGUGCCCUCUGAAUAGAAGUGCCACAGUGGAAGAAGAAGACUGCGAUUGUGUAGUCGGCCCACCAGGACCCACGGGUUCACCAGGUGAGAAAGGGACACAUGGGCCACGAGGGCCUGAAGGCAAGCCUGGUAAAGAAGGAAAACCUGGUGAUCCUGGCCCCCAGGGGUUUCCAGGGAUGAAGGGUGAAGCAGGUCCGACAGGAGCAAGGGGAGCACCUGGUCCUAAAGGUGCAAAGGGAGACAGAGGCGAGCCAGGCUUAACAGGAGAACCAGGUCUCCCAGGACCUAAGGGUCUCCCUGGUGAGAGAGGAGAGCCAGGACCUCCAGGAGAAGCUGGGCCGAUGAGCACCAAUCCACUGCUGGAGCCCUCCCCAACACAUGCACUGGUCUCACACAGUCAUAACAUCACGGUGUGGUACGGGAACUGCACAGUACAGCAACAGAAAGCCCUGCAGAGGGUCGUGCGCACAGCUGAACGCACUAUGGGAACAUCUUUACCAACACUGCAGGACAUCUACGCUGAAAGGUGCAGAUCCCGGGCCAUCAGGAUCACUAACGACUCCAGCCAUCCCGCUUACAAACUGUUCAGGCCACUGAGGGAGAGAAGGGUGAUACUGGGCCAACUGGUGCUGCUGGAGCUCAAGGUGCCCCGGGGGCGCGGGGACCUCCUGGUGAACCAGGUCAACAGGUACCUCUGGGUGAAAAGGGGUUGCCUGGCCCACAAGGGAGCCCCAGGGCCCCGGGGGCCGCCUGGAGAGAUUGGCCGAGAUGGUCCCAAGGGGAGCUGUGGAGAUCCAGGAGUGGUUGGUCCUGUUGGUCCACCAGGCCUGACGGGAUCAAGUGGAGAACCAGGCGUUCCAGGGCUGCCAGGGGCCAUGGGUCUGCCAGGGUUCAAAGGUCAUAAGGGGGAGAGAGGUGAACCUGGGUCCAAAGGAGCACAGGGCGAAGUGGGACCCAGGGGAUGGAAAGGAGAGAAAGGAGUGACAGGUGAUACGGGCCCCAGAGGACCCGAUGGAAAGAAGGGUGACAUGGGCCACAUGGGUGUCAUUGGUCCCAGGGGAUUUCCCGGACAGGAUGGGUCGCCAGGCCAACCGGGCCAACCAGGCCAACCGGGAUAUCCUGGCAAACCUGGUAAGCCUCCCUCAGACGAACAUCUCGUAAAGCUCUGCACUGAUGUUCUGCGUAACCAGCUGCCAGCAUUGCUACAGAGCCUGACUCCUCACUCUAGAUGUGAACCCUGCCAGGGUGUGAAGGGUCCUCCAGGUGAGCCGGGAGCACCGGGACCCAAAGGCUCCAUGGGAACUCCAGGCUACCCUGGCAGAAAUGGCGCUCCUGGUUACCCAGGACCUCCUGGAAUACAGGGCCCCGCAGGCCUCAAAGGUGACAUGGGACCCAGAGGGUUGAAAGGCAGAAAAGGAGAUGGAGACCAGGGACCACCAGGACCACCUGGACACCAAGGGAUUCAGGGUCCCCGUGGCUUUGAUGGGAUUGGCCAGCCGGGCAACCAGGGAAUCCCAGGCAAACCAGGCCCACCGGGAGAUCCUGGCAAAAGGGGUAGCCCAGGACUUCCAGGGGUUUGUGACAUCUCUAUGUGCUAUCAGACCUACAAUCUCAGGGAACACUACAGCAAAGGACCACACAUCUGAUGACAUGGGAGUGAGAGAGGUUGCGUUUGACUUGGCACACACUGCUGACACCUUUAAGACAGAGAUAUCUGCAGCCAAGGCAGUUGUAACCUCAUGAGCUGGUAUGAACAGAAAUAGG